AUGACAGCUGCAGAGACACAAACACAGCCAUGCAACAAAAGAAAUACACUAAAGAGGAAGAGGAUACAAAAUGAUACACAAAUUUUGACACCUAGUGCAUCGAUUGAUCAAAUAGAAGUUGGCAUUUUAUUCAAAGACAAAGAUACCGUGAAAAAGUGCAUGAAUAACAUUGCAAUUACUCGUCAUCAAGAGUACAAGGUAGAAAAGUCAUGCACGCAACGGUAUUACAUCAGAUGUGUUGACCCAACCUGCGUUUGGCGUUUUCACAGUUCAAGGUUCAGAGGAUCAGAACUUUUCAAAGUAGUUAACUUUGAAAAGAGACAUAGUUGUUUAAUAAAUUUCAUCACCUCUGAAAUGAGGAAUGCAACUUCAAAAGUCAUAGCGGAAUACAUUACAGACCUAGUACGCCAUACACUACAAGAGAUAACACCCAAAUUUGUCAUUGAAGAAUUGAGAAGCAAAUAUGGCUUGCAUAUUGGUUACCACAAAGCAUGCCAUUCCCUCCAACAUGCUUAUAAUGUCAUAAGAGGAAGCCCAGAAAAUAACUACACACUUCUACCACAAUAUCUUCACAUGAUGAAAUUAAGAAAUCCUAGAACAGUUGCUAACAUCAAAUGGACCGCUGACAAUAAGUUUAAGUAUGCUUUUUUCGCUUAUAGAGCAUCAAUUGAGGGUUGGAAACACUGCAGACCAGUAAUGAUGGUGGAUGCAACCUUCUUGAAAUCAAAAUACCGCCGUGUGCUCAUGAUAGCAGUAGCAAAAGAUGGAAACAACAACAUAUUUCCUCUCGCAUUUGGUAUUGCAGACUCUGAGACUAAUGAAUCCUACAAGUGGUUCUUCAGACACGUGAAAAAGGUGUUUGGCACGCGCAAAGACCUAUCAAUUCUUUCCGAUCGCCACGCAUCAAUUGCAACUGCAAUCAAAGAACUGUAUCCAAAUACCCAGCAUGGAAUAUGCAUCUACCACAUGGAAAAGAACUUGCAGAAAUAUUUCCCAUCCGAAGCCAUCCUAUCACUGUUCUACAAUGCAGCAACUGCUUACAAACAGGUAGAGUUUCGUACCUAUAUGUCACAGAUACAAUAA